AGAAGAGGAAGCAGAAACAACACUUUGGAUAAGUGGAACCUGCAGAAAGCAAAUAUACUUAAACCUCGGACCAAGCAUGAACUUUGUGUGUGACUAAAGACCUGCGAGUUUGAACAUUUCAUUCUCCUCCAGCUCAAACCAAAGAGAAACACAAAGACAUGAGAGGAGCAGCUGAGAGUUACUGAUGGAGAAAACGUUCAGGCAGUGGAAGAAACAGUGUCUGAACAAACUGGAUCACAGUAAGAAAUCCAGCGUGGAUGAAGAUAUUGAACAUGUGGUGAUUCUGCUGAACAGCUGUGAGGAGUACUUCACGACCAGCUCCUGCUCUGGAAGAAUCAUCCUCAUUGAUGGAGUGUCAGGGAGCAGUGAUGUCCACAAACAGAAUUGUGUUUGGUUGUUUGUCUCACACCAGAAAUGCAAGUCUGAGGACCUGAUUUCCGGCCUGGCCAGGUCCAGUGCAGACGCAGUGUUGAAGUUUGAGCCCUUUGUUCUCCAUGUUCAGUGUCGGCAGCUGGAGGAUGCUCAGCUGGUGCACUCAGUGGCCAUUAACUCAGGCUUCAGAAACUCUGGUCUUACUGUCAGCAAGACGGGAAAGAUCCUCACGGCGGUCCGUAGCACCCACGGUCUGGAGGUUCCUCUCAGCAGUAAAGGGAAGCUCCUGGUUGACCACGACUACAUCCAUUUCAUAACAAAUAUUGCAAACAAAAAGAUGGAGGAGAAUCUUAGACGGAUACAAAGGUUUCAUCAGAAUCUCCAGUCAGCCCUGUCCAGAGAUCAAAUCAAAGAACUACAAACUCCUGAUACUGAAAUCUCACAGGAACUACAAGAUCAUCUUCACACAGUGGAGGCAGAGGAGGAGGGGGGAGAAAAACAAAAGGAAGAGAAGAACAAAACAACUGUUUAUAAACGGAGGCGGAAGAGAGAGCAGCACUGUCAGACUGAUUGUUGCCAUGGUGACGGGUCUAGCAGUGCACCAGAUUUGGAGGACUGUCUUGAUCUGUUCACAUAAACCAGCGGCUGCACAAACAUGCUUCUUCCAUCACUGGCAGGGUAAAAGUGUUGCUCUUUUUAUCACUGAUUUAUUGUUAAAAAAACGGAGGCCUGUGUCAAAUACAGAAAACCAAACUGCUUUGCAGGUUGAAGUCGUGUGUAAGAUUAAAAUAAGUUGAAAAGACAUUCCACACACUACUCUUGCUCAGUAUCACCAAUUUAAUAGCAAAAUCACAACGUUUAGAAUGUCCGACGUGUAGAAACAGACUCCUAAAAGAGCGUUCAGUCAGGUGAGUUUCAGCGCUCACAUCACUCAUGUCAUGUUAUAAUAAUAAUAAAGAUCAUAAAAGCACAGCUUAUUUACAAUCUAUCAUGAAUAAGAACAUUAAUUAUAUUGCAAAAAGUCACACAUCUAUUGAAAGAAAACAUGAUUCUUCCUGGUAUGAAUGGCAUCUCCUUUUAUUUAUUAUUUUGAUAAAUAUUGUGACAAUAAAACUGACAUUUCACUGUAACUACA